AUGGUAUCCAAAGAAACAAAUUCUAAAGCAACAACAUCGACAGCAACAGCUCAAAAAGUGAUGACAUUGACUGUAAUAGCUCAAAAAGUGAUAACAUUGACGGCAACGGCUCAGAAAGUGAUGAUGCAUCAACAAAUAAAUAACAUGCAAAUGAAAACGCGACUCAAAGCUAAGUUAGAAAAUGAUCAGUAUUAUACUAAGCAACUUCAGAAGUUGCAUGAUAAAGGUAUUUCGUUCGAUCAAUUAUGGAGUGGAAAAUUAUGUUUAGCAGUAAAUACUUCUUCAUACAAAUUGCGUAAAGAAAGGUUACUACAUAAGAAGAUUAAAGAAGAGUUUAUAGACAAAAAGCAGAUGAAAAAGUGGAAAGAGAGUGAAAAUGUUAGGAAAGUUUAUGAGGAUUUGUAUGUGCUAUGCAACCCAAAUGAUCUGUUAUCUGAUAUUUACAUUGUAUUAAUUAUCAAAUCCAUCUUUGCAUUCAAAAAAGAAUGUACACAUGCAAAUACCAUUUGGAUUCAAUCAGUGUUAGAAAUCAUCUUUGAUGAAAGACAUCUUUCGACGAAAAUUGACUCAGAGGUUGUUGAAUCUUGGACUGAAAAUUUAACAGACAUGAAAGCAGUAAAUACUUAUGUGUUUACUAGUAUUUUUGAAACCAAUUAA